AUGGUGUUCACCUAUCGCUCCGUCGCACUGAGUGUGGCCAUCGCGGCAGCUUCGACAGCACAGAUCCAGGCAGCUCCGCUCCAGUACAACCCGUACACGCCGAUCAACACCAACUUUCCCCUCACAGCUUCGCACCCGGCGUACGGUGGCAAGCUCAAAGAUGACUGCGUCGAGCCUGUCAUCCCGAAGGACCCGAACCAGGCCAAGGCUGAGUCGAUGGUCGUCACGGGCUCCAUGUACCGCAAGCUGCGCGGCAUGGAGGACGCGUCCAACACGGACGUCGCCAAAUUGGAGAACUACUUCGGAACGAGCAUGGAGCUCGACUUCAACACCCUGAAGGAAAAGUACGGCGCUGCUUCUGCUCCGUCGUCGCCCUGGGCGAGCAGCUACUGGCCCACCUUUCAGGACAGCAUCAACAGCGUGUGGAAGGCUGGCGAGCCCAGCGCGUCCGAGAAAUACGCCAACGCUUUCGGCCUGGACCCCACGGACUUUAAGAACAAGGUGUCGGCCAACAACGGCAUCGAUGCCCACAAGAACCGAAAGGCCUGCUCUACUAACAGCGACUGCGCCAGUACCAACGACGGCAGCGAGUGUGCCAUCCGCGACGGUACGUCGAGCGGCUACUGCAUCCCGACGUGGUGGGGGAUUUGCCACGCGUGGGCGCCCGCCGCCAUCCUCGAGCAGGAGCCGCAGUGCAGCGUGGAGAAGAACGGCGUCACGUUCCACGUGUUCGACAUCAAGGCUCUGCUGACGGACCUGUACGACGGCGCGUCUCUCAAGACGGUCUUCACUGGAGCUCGCUUCAAUGGUCCGGACUCCCCGGCCAACGCAGACCAGUACGGUCGAUACGUCAACGCUGCGCGUCGCGACCUGGGCGCAGGGUACUUCCACAUUGCAAUCGCCAACAUCAUGGGCAAGCAGCAUCAGUCCUUCGUCGUGGAUGUGUCGGCGGGCGCUGAGGUGUGGAACCAGCCCGUGCGCUCCUACGAAGUGCAGACCAUGGAGCUGGUGGACGUCGCAGAGGCCUCGCAGCAAUUCUUUGGUAUCUCGACUUACCCGUUCAACGCUGAAAUGGCGCACUUGGCCUACGUCAAGACCACGCUGAGCUGGAUUUCCGAGGCGUACGAGGACGGCCCGCUCGUCUCCACCGGAGAAGUGGACAGGUACACGUCGUCCCAGGACUACGAAUACCUGCUGGAGCUGGACGCCAAUUACGCGGUCAUCGGAGGCGAGUGGGUCGGCCGAUCGAAGGAGGACCACCCCGACUUCUUGUGGUUCCCGACAGGCAAGCCCGCGGCAUCGGCUGUCACCAGCGCGGGUCUGAGCUACGCGAACGUUGAGGAACUGCUGGAGCUGUCGUUGACUUGCAACUCGCCCACCGAAGCACCGACCGAGACCCCAACAAUGACACCGACGGAGAUCCCAUCGACUGUUACCCCUUCUUCUUCUUUGAGCGGCAGCGAUGGCCACGAAGAAACCCCGCAGCCGACCUCAGUUCCCAGCGAGAGCGGAAGCUCAGGAAUUAAUGGCCCAAUCACCAUUGCUCCUGCUGCGGGUAGCGACGCGGUUGAGCCGACGUCCGUGCCAAGCGAGAGUGGAAGUACCGGCACGUUUAUUCCGAUCACCACUAUUCCCGAUGCAGGCAACGGUACACCCAAGGCAGGAUUACCCGAUCUAUCCGAUCUGAGUAAGGGUAUCGCGCUUGGUAAACCCACUUCCACACCCGAGACGCCUGUGGCUCCUCCGAACGGAAAGCCCAUUCCGCCACCCCAGACGCCAGAAAUUCCGAUAUACCCUUCGACUUUGCCGCCGAGUUCGACUCCUGAGACGCCUGUGGCGCCCCCUGAGGGAAAACCUACACUGCCGCCUCAGACUCCGUUGACGCCGGAAAUUCCGACGUACCCUCCGAUUUCAACGCCCAAGACCCCCGAAAUCCCCAUUUUGCCGCCGAACGAGAUGCCUAUGGCUCCUCCUAACGGAAAGCCCAUUCCGCCACCUCAGAUCUCACAGGUGCCCGAGGUCCCUGAGGUCACUCCGAUCCCAAGCACGCCAACGUCGGAUUACCCUGUUCCGCCAUCGACGCCUGAAGCGCUGCCUACACCGGCGCCCACUUGGACUGAGCAGUGGAACCCGCCUGCCCCCACUGAGCCUACUGAGCACUUCAUGUGCUAA